AUGGACCGUUCAGUUUAUGAAAGCACACGAGAAAUGCACUCCAACUGUUCACGACAAAUAUGUGUGGACAGCAACAUCGGCGACCGGCCGUCACCUCGAGUCCUUAGCACGUACGAGGUGGUCGAGGCUCAACAUGAACACAUCAUUGGAGUCUCAAACGCGCCUCACCUGUACGACUCGUCCUCAUUUCUCGAAGACAGAGCGGACUCCACUGAUUCCAAACAGGAUACACCUCGACUUAUUCCUCAAGGGCGCCGAACUCGACCGUGCAAAUUGUCCGCUCAGCACGUCGUUGAGGACGAGGAACUGAUUAAGAUACCCAGCCCUGAAAUGCUGAACAACAUGAUGCGUGGUGUUGAGUUGAAUGUAUACUCAGCACAACAACCGCACACUCCUCAGAUUCCUCAACCUCAGUACACUCUUAGCGGAUCGCGAUUUCCACACCCAACUCCGUCUCAGCACUACACCUCCGGCAUGAGAUCGCCUCUAUUGGUGUCCCCCACACAAGCGCCAAUGACACCACAAGCUACCAUGAGGAAUGAAGUUGUUACACAGUCAAUACGGGUGGUUCCGACACCUCAACAACCUACGAUUACAAGCCAAUUCUUCACUUAUGAGCCCAAUGUUCUUAUGAAUGUUCAUCCGCAAGUUUGCUUGGCUGGUUGCGUUUUGCAUAUGUUCGACGUGGAAAAGAUGUUCACCGACAAGCUUGAUCUGCCAAAUAUUACUCUAGCGGUCAGAAUGCAUGGCGGAGACAUAGAAUUCGGAGCGAAGACUUAUGCUGACCGAUCCGUAGCGAUAACUCAUGUCGUUGUGAAGUCUAUAAAAACACAACAUGCCCACCUGGCUUUAAAAGAUCGAAAACGGUUAGUUACGAUGCAGUGGCUAGUGGAUGUCUUGAUGAAAAAACAGAUGGCUGUACCGUGGAGACACGCCCAUUUGCCAUCGGUUUUUAUCGAUGGCUGUCGUCCAUUACUUGGAAAGCUCGUGUCUUUUUCUGGUUUUGAUGAAAGUGAAAGAGCUGCUAUGAAGUUCAUGGUAGAAACGAUGGGAGCAAAAUUCACGCCAUAUCUUAGCAGCAAUAACAAUCUUCUCAUCUGUAAAACAGCUGGAGUAGAAAAGGUUAAAAAGGCGCGAGAUUGGGAUAUUCAAGUUGUUAAUUAUCAGUGGUUGGCAGACAGCUAUGCAGGACAGCGGGUAGAGUUGGAUGAUCAGCGAUAUCAGUUGGGUCAGCCUUGUGAAGGCGUCUCGCCUGGUCCAUAUGCUCUCGAAAUGAUGAGUGAUCAAUUCAAACAACUCCUCCUUGCAUGGAAAGUUCCUCUUGUUGUAUCGCCUGAGCGGUGGCGACAUUCUUUUGAUACAAAACGUGCAGUUGAGAACGAUGAAGGAUUGUUUCCAAACAAGAAAUUGCGAGCCCAGUCAGCUCCUCCGACUGAGGCUGAAAUUGCCACCAGGGUGGAAGAACGUAGAAAGGCUAGUGGAAGCCAUUCAGUUUAUGUGAUUGCGUUUUGUGGCAUCGAUGAGGAUAACAAACACGUGUUAACUCAGAAAUUGCGUUAUCUCGGAGGACGCACCUGUGAAGAAAUUUCCGAGUGCACACAUCUUGUCACAACGAGUGGACGACGAACGGAAAAACUCAUGGAAGCGAUUUGUCUUGGAAGAAAUAUCGUGGAUCCAUACUGGAUAGUUCAUGGGUAUGAGUAUCAACAAUGGAUGGACACCCUCGAUUAUUUUUUACAUGAUGAAGACCAAGAGAAGCAUCUUGGUUACAAUUGCAAACGCAGCGUGGUCAGAGCCAGGCAUAGGAAAGUGUUUGAAGACAUUCAAUUCUACAUCACUCCUUCGGUUGAACCGAGUCGGGCAAUAUUGACGAAGUUGAUUCGACUUGCUGGAGGAAUCGUUCACGAAGACCGGCCUGCGCCUGUUGAUAUAGCACGAUGUAUUGAUACGGAUGCUCCAUAUAUUGUGGUCAGUUGUGAAUGCGAUCUUCGUAUGGUGCAAUACCUCCUCGAAUGCAAUUUCCCUGUGUACAACACUGAACUUGUGUUAAUCGCUUUGAUGAGGCAAGAACUGGAGCCACAUUCACUGUACAGAGUGAGCACCGCAUCAUUAACUUUUUCUAAUUCCCCUCAACCGACGUUCGAUCAACCAUAUUUCCGGGCAGCGCCACCACGACCAGUGGUCGAGCAGCCACAACCAAAUAGGGUCAAGGCUUAG